GGUGACCUCUGUUACCUCCGUCAACUGUUGACGCAAAGCUCUGUAAAAUCUCAAAACUCACCGCCACGCCGAUUUGCAGAUACGCCAUUUACCAUGGAUAGGCGGUCGGUCUAUUCGCUCAGCGUCUUGGUACCCGAUCAAGACGGCAACGAGGAUUCGCGCAGCUUUAUCCUGUCCCAAUUGAGAGAAUUUGUGCUUGAAUUUAGACUCGACAAUGCUUUCAUCUACAGAGACCAGAUUCGCGAAAAUGUUCUCAUUAAACAAUACUACUGUGACAUUGAUGUUGCGCAUCUCAUCUCCUACAAUGAAGAGCUGGCGCAUCGAUUGACGUCUGAGCCGGCUGAAAUUAUUCCUCUCUUUGAAGCAGCUCUUAAGCAGUGCACGCAGCGCAUCGUGUUCCCCGCUCAACCAGAAAUCCAUCUACCAGAGCACCAACUUCUCCUCCACUCUAGCGCCUCGCAAAUCUCUAUUCGUGAUCUCAAUGCUACAAACAUCUCCCAGCUCGUUCGCAUUCCCGGCAUCGUGAUUGGUGCCUCUACGCUCACAUCCAAAGCGACAGCGCUGCACAUUCAAUGCCGCAACUGCCAACACACGGAAAAUCUGCCGGUUACUGGCGGCUUUUCUGGCAUAUCUUUGCCUCGAAUCUGCUCUCGCCCCCGCCAGGAGGGAGAGUUUGCAGAGAGAUGCCCUUUGGAUCCUUACUUUAUCGUACACGAAAAGUCUCAAUUCAUUGACCAGCAAAUUCUCAAGCUGCAAGAGGCGCCCGACCAAGUCCCCGUCGGAGAACUUCCGCGCCACAUUCUCAUCUCCGCCGAUCGAUACCUCACAAACCGUGUCGUGCCGGGAUCACGGUGCACUGUCAUGGGUGUCUUCUCUAUCUACCAGUCCAAGGGUGCCAAAGGAUCCGCCAAUUCCGCUGUCGCUAUUCGCAACCCGUAUAUCCGCGCUGUCGGAAUUCACAGCGAUGUCGACCACACAGCCAAGGGCAACGCCAUUUUCACCGAAGAAGAAGAGCAAGAAUUCCUUGAAAUGAGCCGUCGACCUGACCUGUACGAGGUCUUUGCAAACUGCAUUGCUCCGGCCAUUUACGGCAACCAGGACAUUAAAAAGGCUAUUGCCUGCUUGCUUAUGGGAGGAUCCAAGAAGAUUCUCCCAGAUGGAAUGAAACUGCGUGGCGAUAUCAACGUGCUUUUGUUGGGUGACCCUGGUACCGCCAAGUCGCAGCUCCUAAAGUUUGUUGAAAAGGUUGCACCUAUUGCCAUUUACACCUCGGGUAAAGGUUCUUCAGCGGCCGGUCUUACUGCGUCCGUCCAGCGUGACCAGUCAACGCGUGAAUUCUACCUGGAGGGAGGUGCUAUGGUCCUUGCCGACGGUGGUGUCGUGUGUAUUGAUGAAUUUGACAAGAUGCGCGACGAAGACCGAGUCGCCAUCCACGAAGCCAUGGAACAGCAAACCAUCUCCGUCGCCAAAGCCGGUCUUACCACCAUUCUCAAUGCCCGCACGUCUGUUCUCGCAGCAGCUAACCCUAUUUUUGGCCGGUACGACGAUCUCAAAUCUCCCGGCGAGAAUAUCGAUUUCCAAACCACCAUCUUAUCUCGUUUCGACAUGAUUUUCAUCGUCCGUGAUGACCAUGAACGAGGCCGAGAUGAGCGUAUCGCCCGACACGUCAUGGGCAUCCACAUGGGCGGACGAGGCGUCGAAGAACAAAUCGAUGCUGAGAUUCCUGUGGAGAAAAUGAAGCGCUACAUUAGCUAUUGUAAACAAAAAUGCGCUCCCCGCCUCUCCCCCGAAGCUGCAGAACGGCUCUCGUCCCACUUUGUCACGAUCCGCCGGCAAGUGCACCGUGCGGAAGUUGCAGCCAACGCACGCUCCUCUAUUCCCAUUACCAUCCGUCAACUCGAAGCCAUUGUCCGUAUCACCGAGUCUCUGGCCAAACUUACUCUCUCGCCCAUCGCCACCGAAGCCCACGUUGACGAAGCUAUUCGUCUCUUCCUCGCCAGUACGAUGGACGCCGUCACCCAGGGCGCCGACCAAGGCUCCACGGAACUCAUGGAGGAAGUCGGCAAGGUGGAAGAAGAGCUCCGAAGACGCUUGCCCAUUGGCUGGAGUACGAGUCUGGCUACGCUCCGCAGAGAGUUUGUUGAUGGAAGAGGCUACUCGGAACAAGCUCUCAAUAGGGCAUUGGUUGUCUUGCAGAGACGCGAGACGGUCCAGAUAAGGUCUGGUGGUGCACAGGUUUAUCGGAGCGGUGUUUAACUUUAUUCUUUUCAUUACUUCCCCCUUCAUCUUGUCCUGUUUUCUUUAUUGAUCCACUCAUCGAUUGAGUGUUAGAAGCUAUAGCUUCUUUGUCUUUACAUUUCCCCCUUUAUAUCAUUAUUUUACGUUCGGCAUGCAUAGGAGGGUGGGCGGGUCCAGGUCGAGGAGUUAUUGGGGUAAUUCGCAGCAUGAUGUUAUGAUCUGCAAGGAGCUGUACUUUUGCUUCUUCAACUUCUUUUUUUUUUGUUGUUCUCUUUGACUUUUAUACUACAGGCGUUGCGUCAUUGCACUUGUGUCUCAUGAUGGGAUUGUUCAUCUCACACUUCUGUACUACACACAAAUCUGCACAAUUGAUAUCCAC